ACGCCUUCCAGCAUUUCAAGCUCAGAGCUGCAAGCUGCUAGUUAGGAGCACCAGCACUGAGAUCCAGCACCCGGAGCUACCAUGGCCUCCAGCCGGCAGGAAGGGAAGGAUAAAAUUGUAUUUGUGACCAAAGAAGACCACGAAAGUCCCAGCAAUGCAGAGCUGGUGGUUGACGACCCCAAUGAUCCCCAGGCGGAGAAUGGACUGGUACAGCCAAACGGAAACAUUAACUGGAAUUGCCCGUGCCUUGGAGGAAUGGCCAGCGGCCCCUGUGGAGAACACAUCAAGUCUGCCUUUUCCUGCUUCCACCACAGCACGGAAGAAGUCAAAGGAUCCGACUGUGCAGGUCAGUUCCAGGCCAUGCAGGAAUGCAUGCAGAAAUACCCAGACAUCUAUCCCCAAGAAGAGAAUGAGAACAAGGACGAGGACUCGGAUGAGGACUCGGACGACUUCUACCAGGAGGGCCUGGAGAACGAUGAGGAUGAGAAUGAUGAGGUUGAGGUUGAGGAUGAUGAUGAUGAUGAUGAUGACUAUGACGAUGAUGAUGAUGAUGACGAUGACGAUGACUACGACUACUUCGAGGAGUUUGAGAAUGAGGAGGUAGAGGAGGAGGAAGAGGAGGAGGAUGGCGACUAUUACUACUAUGAAGAAGAGGAGGAGGAGGAAGAGGAAGAGGAUGACUAUUAUGAGGACUAUUACCAGUACGACUAUUACGAGGACAACGACUACCACUAUGACAAUGACUAUUACGAAGAAGAUGAUGAUUACUAUGAGGAAGAAGAUGAAAUCUACUACGAGGCUGACUACCAGGAGGUGGACGAGGAAGACGAGGAUGAGGAUGUUUACUAUGAGGCUGACUAUUACGGUGACGAGGAGUCCGAGGAGUCCGAGGAGCCCCAGGGGCCCCAGGGCCCCCAGGGGCUCCAGGGGCCCGCAGCAAAACCCGGGGAGGAGGCAGAUACCACCAAGGCCUCCUCUGGGGUCAAAAAGCAGUACUUCAGCGCCUGAAGGCCACAAGCCCCAGCUGCUGCCCCUUUCCUUAGCCACAGAACUUUCUGCACUAUGAAUGCCUGCCUUUCAAUCUCUUGCUCGCUCUCUAUGAACGCAUCCUUUCCUCUGUUGUUUUAUGCACUGUAAUAUAGAAAAUGACUUACUUUGAUAAUCGGGAUCUUGGCGGCUUGCCUGACCCUGAAGAAAAGAGGUGUGUGUGUGCACCUGCAUUCUACAUAAACUUACCCCCAACACUAGGCCACUGCCGAACUGAACUGUCCUCUCUGAGUGCCCUGGAUUCUGCCACUUUAAAAUAAUGUGAAGUUUCUCAACAGUCAAGAGCCGUUACUCAGGAAAGUGUCUUGCCCUUGGAGUAUCACACCAUCAGAAAAACUACCAAAAGAAAUGGCUUAAAAAUACCAUCUGCUCUUCAGGCUUGGGGAAGAAGAUUUAAUGACUUGGUUUCCUGCUCAUUUCCUGGUUUUCCAGGAGUGCCGCUUUGCCAUAGACUGUGGGUCUGGCCAGCUGACCCAUUUCGGCCCACCAUUCCACAUGGCUCAUGGUCGGUCUUCUCCUGGAUGGUGGCUUUUCCUCCACUUAUGAAAACAUUGGAAGGAAAAACUAACUCAGGCCAUGAGCUCAACUUUUAAUCCUCUGUGGAAGGUUUCAAAGCAGGAAAUGCAUACCUCUGAUCAAGAAAAUGGUGAACACGUUUUAUAGAACUGAUUUACUUUGGGUCUAUCUUCCUCUUCUGGGACAGAAAAAAACCUAACAUGAUUUAGGGAACAGCCAAAUAUUUUCUUUCACCUUAGAGUUCUUAAAAAAUGUAUUUUUUUCUCAUGAGACAGGAGAUUUUCAUUUUCUUAUACAUGUUCUGUUUUAUGACUUAAUAUUUUUCAUACCCCAUCAAACAAAAGGAUAUUAGAGAAAACCAUGGGACCAAAACUAAAGAACACUAUUUGUGGUGAAUGGGAGACAACCUUGAGCAAAAGCAGCUCUUAGCCAAUGUGGCCAUCUGUCAAUGAUUGGAUUCGUUUCUUUUCUGCAGCGUAUUCUUUUUGCCAAAGUUGUAUAAAGAAAAUGACUCUUGAUGCUAGCUGGUUUAACCACUGGUCCCUUUUAAAAAUGAAAAUUCUAUUUGACUAAUUUGGAUACUCCCAUAGCUGGAAGGGUUCUUGUAAAUGAGCAAUUCUUUUUCAAAGUGUAGAUUAUCUAGUAGAAUACAUAUUAAUACACCAUUCAGGAGGUUUGACAAAAUGACCAGUGAAAACCAAGCCUUUGAAGACAAAAGACUGUUAUCCUGAUACCCCUGAACACUCAGACUUAAAUGAACUAAACUCCGAACAGACACUUUACUAAAUAAGAGUCUUCAACUCCUAGCUUUUUGGCCUGAGCAUGAUAAAGUUGCCAUUUCCUGAGAUGGGAAUAUGCUCCCUGGGCAAGUGUAUAUACUAUAUUACCUUACCCAAAGCUCAACUCCAUUUCCUAAUUUUUUCCCCUCUAGAUCUGUCCACUGUUGUAUGGACUGAUAGCCUCACAAGUAUGCUACAGUUCUAGGUUAACGUGGUCAGAAUAAAAACUGGUGAGAUCUGGAAGGCAGAAUUGGAGCCUCAGCUGUUAUCCCUUGAAGAUUUGUGCCAGGUACCAGGCACUGCUGCAGUUCACACACACACUGUUGCUGAGCUGGUACCUCACCUGUUAAGAGUCUCCACUGAUGGUACAGAACAGAAGUAGGCAGUAGCUAUAACUUCAACUCUCACAGGAUUUCUUCCCCUCAGCUUUCCUUAAUCCAGGGCCAGGUUUCUGUACAGCUCAGUAAGAAGGGAAUUAGACCCUUCUAUAGGUUACCUCUGUCAUCAAGGUUCAAGGCAGUGAGCCCCAAACAGGAUAAUCCUCACUGGUUCCAGUAAACCUUGUGAUCCCUGAUUUCUUUUGUUUCAUCCUCCACUUUUCUUGUUUGCUCACACUGCUAAACUUCCAUGAAUCAGGUUCACUCUCUGAGACAGAAGCAGCAUCCCUCCAUUCCAGUAGCUUCCCUUAGUGAUUCCUGAUGCUCUUCUCCUUCAACUGUUUUCUCCCACACUUUACUUCCCUAGCUUCCGCCAUGAUUGUAUGGAGCCUGAUUCCUAUAAAUAAAUGCUAUUCCUUAGCAC